AUGCCGGUCCUUUUACGUGUAGCUCCAGCAUGCAGUCGAAGAGGCUUACCACUGGAAGACUGCUUAGCCACAGAUGAUAUGCUUGUGGACUACUUCAACGAAUUUUUGAGUCUUCCAACUUUUGCCCAGCCAGUUAAAUUUAACCCUGACUUUGGGGUUUUUGAAGUAGUUAAUGAUGCCCCACAACGCCUGGAAAACCAGCUGAAAAAAGUUCUACAUGAUCAGAAACCUCCAAACCCCAUUUAUGAUGUUAUAAGGAAAGCAAAGAAUGAUGGGCAGCAUUCCAAAAAGAUCAGCGCUUCUCCAGUCUUCAAUAUUGAUCCAAAUUACAACACUAUGCGUCUUGAUCGAGAACAAGCGGUUCAGUGGGUUAAGAAAGAAAGACUUCCAGCUUUUCUAGAAAGUGACUGCUACUUUGAAUACAGGCUGGCUAAAUUGAUAUCACAAGUAGAAUGGAGCCAGACUGGCAUUAAUUUCAUUAUAGACAGUAACUAUUAUCCCUGGAUAAGGAAGGAAGUCCCUAGUCCUCCCUCUCCUGAAGAAGAUGACACUUCAUUCACUAUGAAGAAGUUCUAUGUGUCACUUGGCCAGGCUACGGUUUCUCAGACAAGGGAUUGGUUUACGUUAGCAAAAGAAAGUGAAUCCACAAAAACUACAGAUUCAUUUACGUGUCCUGUAGCUUCUAGUCAAAUUCAAGAUAUUCAGCAUUUGCCUGAGAUGCAUGAAAGAGAUGAUUCAUUAAGUGACAAAACUGGCCUCCUAGAAGCAGGUUCCCUGUCUAAGGAAUAUCACCAAUGGAGUUUCCUUUCCCCUUCAAGGACUGUGUCAGCAAAAGCUGGUGAUAUUAGGGAGAAAUCCAGAGAGGCUGAGGAGCAUUCUUCUGUGGCCAUUGCUGAAACUCCUUCUCACACUCAGCUAAUUUAUGUAGACCAGAAACUGGAAAGUGCAUCAAAAGAAGAAAGUGGACAGGAAAAUGCAACUCUUCAGACACCAGAAGAAAUCAUCCCAUCUUAUACUCAAUUUGUAAUGGAGGAAUCCAUUUCAGAACUGGGCCACCAGCCAGCUGCCGAGAUUGAGAGUGAUGUGGAUUUCCAUAAACAGCCUAAAGUGUUUGCACACGAGUUAGCAAAUAAUGAAGUUGCAUGUGGUACUGCAGAGCCACUCUUUUCCCAAAGUUUUUCUCCAUUUACUGACUUAGACUCCAUGAGAGAUGUAAGAGAACAGGAUACUGAAGAAGUGAGCUUAAGAUCAAGUUCUGAAAGUGAUGGGGCCGACAGUAGGGCUGCCUGGUGUAUUAGCCACAAAACGUAUGAUGCUGGCAACAGAAAUGAGUUUGAAAGAUUCAAUAAAUUCAUUAAAGGAACACUUGGGGAGAGGUAUUGGUGUCUCUGGAUGGAUAUUGAGAGACUAAAGGUUCUUAAGGACGCUACAAGGCAACAAAGGCAACUUGAUAGGAUGAAAAAAUUCUAUCUGCUGAGCAGUGGAGACUAUUUCCUCACUUCUGAAGUGUUACUCAGACUUGAUCUACUACGUGGAGAUCAGUGGAAUAUAAAGCAUUUAAGGCGGAUUCAGCCUGAAGUAGUGAAACCUCUUCUUCUUUACUGGGGUCCCAGAUUCUGUGUCACUCAUUCAACAGCAAUAGAUACUGCCAGUGCAAAACUGAAGUUCUGGCACGCAUGCCAGGAGAGACCAAGGGUAGACAUUGAUCCUUUCCCACAAAUGGUAUCAUUGCUGCCAUUGACACCUAAAUCUUGCAUUCCCAGGAUGCUUCCUCAGAGAAGUAGAACCAGCACACCAACAACAUUUUUGAAACUAGCCACACCAAAUUUCUCUUUGAAGAGUUCAUCAAGGUUAUCACCUAUUUUGUCAUCACGUCAAAGCCCCCAAAGGGAUGACUUUUCUAGCAGUAGAAAGUGGUCAAAGUCAGUGAGCAGGGACAUGAUACCUUCCAUAACUUUGGAUGACUCUACAGAAAUGCAAUACCAGGCUCGUAGAAAGUAUACCUAUGCUGAGUUGCUCCCAGGGAAAAGUGCUGCUGGCAGUGCUGUCUUAGGGAGAUCAAUAAUGGAAAGCAUGCUGCAGUCUCUUUAUUUGGAAAGCAGAGCAGGCUACUACUUCACACACUUCUGUGAGAAGUCAGGGAAUAAGUUGUGGAAGAACAGUGUGUACUUUUGGGCUGACCUACAGGCUUAUCAUCAGCUUUUCUACCAAGAAACUCUUCAUCCCUUUAAAAUAUGCAAGCAAGCUCAAUUCCUUUAUGCAACUUACAUUGCCCCAUCGGCCAGUAUGGACAUUGGACUUCAUCAGAGCAAGAAAAACACGAUUUAUCAGAAAAUUGACCCAGCUUUUGAGGAUCUUUUUGACUUAGCAGAAGAAUAUAUCCUCAUUCUUCUGCUAGAACCAUGGAUGAAAAUGGUGGAAGCAGACAGGUACACUUAUGGAAAGGUGGAGUUGGUGGAAGAAACUCGACAGCUGGACUCCGUGUACUUUAGAAAGCUCCAGGCUUUGCAUCAAGAGAGUGUUUCCAAGAAGGAUGAGAGUACUCUUGCUGACACUGGUCUGCCAUCCUGCCCUGGUGUUCUCAAAGAAGCUCAGAACUUGUGUCAAGUUCCCAGAGAAUCAAUAGGUUCUAAUCUGUAUGACCUGAUCCAUGACAAACAGAAGUUAGAACAGUUCUGGGUUUUUCUGAAUGAGCACUCUGCCGGGAUGGAUCUCAUGUGUUGGCUAGAUAUUGAACAGUUCAGAAGGAUGCUCCACAAGGAUAAAGAAGGAAGAGAGGAAAAAUCCAAGGACAUUAAAAACAAGUACCUGAACAAAAAAUACUUUUUUGGACCCAACAGUCCAGCUACCAGAGAGCAACAAGAACAGCUAAUGCAUUCAGGUGGAGGAUGGGGACAAAUCCUUCAUGAUCGGCUUCCUCCAGCGGUUUUGAUAGAAAUUCAGCAGUGCAUCCAGAAGAGAUUAGAAGAACAAUGGCUGCCAUUGUUCCAGGCAGAUGAACAACGUGGGGCGGAGGGACAAGCAAAGGUAAGGGACAGAACUGAAGAUCUCCUAAGCCAAAACCAGGAGAAGACAACUAGGAUGUGGAAGCAUGUGGACAAUAAGUGGGUUUCUUCAUCUAGUGAAAUAAUUGCUUUCCGCAAAGCGCUGUUGAAUCCAGUGACAGCAAAUCAGUUUCAACACUUUGUGUCCCUGAAAGGAGACCUCCUGGAGAAUGGAGUGCUCUUUUGGCAAGAGGUACAGAAGUAUAAGGACUUGUGCCAUUCUCACUGUGAUGAUGCCACAGUCCAGAAUAAGAUCAUGGCUAUCAUCGACUGCUUUAUUAAUUCCACCGUACCCCCAGCUUUGCAGAUUGACAUCCCAACUGAACAAGCACAGAAGAUUUUGGAGCACAGGAAAGAACUAGGACCUUACAUUUUUAGAGAGGCACAGAUGACUAUUUUUGCUCUUCUGUUUAAAUUUUGGCCAAAAUUUUGUAAGUUUCAAAGCCGUUUGGCUAGUGAUGAAAUUUUGCUUGCCUUGGAGAGAAAAAAAGGAAAAAAGAUGCAAAAGGAAGGCAAAACAUUAGAGGAAAGGCUCACAAAGCUUCAGGGUAAAGAAGUGGAUACAAACCUCAUCAAUCUGGCAAGUAGUGCUCUGGGACGAGAUGUUGGCAUGGAGAGAAGACCAACAUCAUUUUCAGAUGGAUAUGGGUGGCAGGCUUCCUGGUCCUAUUCCAAGUACAUAGAAGCCUUGGAGCAGGAGAGAGUACUCCUUAAAAUGCAAGAAGAUCUGGAGAAAAAUUCAUCAUCAUUCUUUACAGGUACCUCAUCUAAAUCCUUCAUGAAGGCUAGAAACUCUGAAAAAUCCACUAUUUCUCCGAAGAGUAGCGUGACUUUGGAGAAACGCUCAGAUCUUCCCAAAGAAACAGAAAGUGAGUACCAGACUGCCAACAAGUGUGCUUUGAAAUUUGGAUUCUUAAAAGCUAGUUUUCCUGCUGUCAGUGCUGAUGCUCAUUAG